GAGAGAGGGGGGGGGGCGUGUAGGAGGCAGAGAGAGAGAGGCAGAGUGCUGUUUCUUCUGCUGUACUGUAGUUUGAAAGUCACAGAAAUAGCUGAGUCUUGCAGGAGACAGCUUGAAGUGCUUUGGUGGUAUAAAUACCUUGCUUUAAAUGGAUUAAAGAAACGCUCUGUCGCCUGUCACCACCACACACGGGGGAGGAAGAGCUGGAGAAGACAGGAGGAAGAACAUACUGGAACUGACUGAAGGAAGAGGAAGAGGAAGAGGAAGGAGCUGCUGAGGUAUCUAGUCUGUAUAUCGGACAGUGGUUGGUACGUCUGCGUGGAAAACAUCAACUCUACUGUUCUCUAUGACCGGCUGCUCUGAACCCUGGCUCUCCUUUAUCUUCUCCUCCGCUCUCCUUUAUCCUCCGCUCUCCUCUGUCUCCGCUGCGGACCAGAUGGACAGAUGAGAAGGAGACAGUGAAGGACAGCAGUGGCUCAGAGAGAGCUGCACCUCGUCGACAGAGGACUAUAAGGCGACCCACCAAAACGACUGGCUGGCUGGCUGGCUGACCGACUCCUUCCCUUUGGCUUUACUGAACGGGACUCUGGUCACAGAGGAGCAGCGAGGUGGCAGAUACAUGUCCCUCAGGUGUACUCCUGUCCUACAUGCGUAGCUGUGGACGAGCAGCGAGCAGCGAGCAGCGAGCAGCGAAACACACAGCCAAUAAAUCAAUAGCCGGGACCUCAGAUUCCUCCAUUAGAGCUACAGAUGAGAACCUGCUGACCAGGACCUAACCACAACAGCCGUGGAGGACAGCCCCUAGAGGACAGCCCUGGAGGACAGCCUUAGAGGACAGCCGUGGAGGACAGCCGUGGAGGACAGCCCUAGAGGACAGCCCUAGAGGACAGCCUUAGAGGACAGCCCUGGACGACAGCCCUGGACGACAGCCCUAGAGGACAGCCGUGGAGGACAGCCCCUGGAGGACAGCCGUGGAGGACAGCCCUAGAGGACAGCCCUAGAGGACAGCCGUGGAGGACAGCCCCUGGAGGACAGCCCUAAAGGACAGCCCUGGACGACAGCCCUGAACGACAGCCCUGGAGGACAGCCCUGGAGGACAGCCCUGGAGGACAGCCCUAGAGGACAGCCCUAGAGGACAGCCCUAGAGGACAGCCCUAGAGGACAGCCCUGGAGGACAGCCCUGGACGACAGCCCUGGACGACAGCCCUAGAGGACAGCCCUAGAGGACAGCCCUAGUUCUGGACCCUUUCUAACAGUCAACACAAGACAAGGGUGUUCUGACUGGCCUGGUGUCCCGAGGACGGACGACUGGUCGUGGUCCCUCUGCUCAAUACACCGGAAUACACCGGAAUACAAUACACCGGAAUACACCGGAAUACAAUACACCGGAAUACACCAGAAUACAAUACACCGGAAUACACCGGAAUACAAUACACCGGAAUACACCGGAAUACAAUACACCGGAAUACACCGGAAUACAAUACACCGGAAUACAAUACACCGGAAUACAAUACACCGGAAUACACCGGAAUACAAUACACCGGAAUACACCGGAAUACAAUACACCUGAAUACACCGGAAUACAAUACACCGGAAUACACCGGAAUACAAUACACCGGAAUACAAUACACCGGAAUACAAUACACCGGAAUACACCGGAAUACAAUACACCGGAAUACAGCUAAAAACAGAAAAACCCACAAUGACCGCUUGAAAAUACUUAUUUAAUAGUUAUUUUCUCUCUCCGCUUAUUUCUAGACCUUCAAGUCCUUGUCUUUUCAUUCAUCCAGGUUUUUACACAGGAAGAAAAUAACAUGUGUAUAAGCCUCCACAGCAUGGUCCGUGAUGCUGCUUUGUGAGGAUUAUUAAAUGUUGACGUUUGACAAUUAUAGGGAAAUGGAAUUCAGGCUUUAAAACCUUGGCCCAAUAUUUCCCAUGUCCUCUGUCGCUAUAUUAAUCACGGUAGUCCAUGUUCAGAGUGUUAUAUGAGACAGAGCAACAAUAGCAUAUUCAUGCCCGUAUACACACUGCAUCGUGUGAGAGGAGAGACAAGGGCCCGUGAUCCACCAGCCCCUGGAACAAAUCAUAUCUGACGUGCGAACAGAAAAAGAGGAGAGAAGAUCUUCAACACAACAGAACCCAACAGAACACAACAGAACCCAACAGAACACAACACAAGAGAACACAACAGAACAGAACCUAACACAACACAACAGAACACAACACAACAGAACACAACACAAGAGAACACACAACAGAACCCAACAGAACACAACAACAGAACCCAACAGAACAGAACCCAACACAACAGAACACAACACAACAUAACACAACACAACAGAACCCAACAGAACACAACACAACAGAACACAACACAACAGAACCCAACAGAACACAACACAACAGAACCCAACACAAGAGAACACACAACAGAACCCAACAGAACACAACACAACAGAACACAACAACAGAACACAACAACAGAACCCAACACAACAGAACCCAACACAAGAGAACACACAACAGAACCCAACAGAACACAACACAAGAGAACCCAACACAACAGAACCCAACACAACAGAACACAACAACAGAACACAACAACAGAACCCAACACAACAGAACCCAACACAGAGAAGAGGUCUGGGGACUAAGGAUACCAUCAUGAUUUGUGCUUCUCUCUAUCGGUUUGAGAAAUGUAAUAAGAGACCCAUUGAAACUAAUUGGAUUGAACAUGGAUUACCAGUGUGCUCCUAAAGCCAGCGAGGCAGCGGCAGAUUUCUCUUAAAUCCAAAAGAACACUUUUCAGGGACACGUUCUCUUUUUUAUCUGCAAGAUCGAUUUCCAGACCACUGAUUGGUUGAUGUGGUGGCUUCCUUCCCGGCCAGGUCAUCGGCUGCGUUAGUUAUCUACCAGAACAGACCGGAGAGAGAGAGAGAGAGAGAGAGAGAGGGAUGGAGAGUCUGGACGAACUAGAGCACCCUCUCCUAGGAAAGGAGAGCCCCAAGGCAGAUCCCCGAGGCCUGGGUACUACCCGCCUGUUCAACGGUGUCCUGAUGAGGUGUGAGGAGGAUAAGACACUGCCGCUGGGUUGGAGGGUUUACUGCGGGGGGGCAGGAGAACAUGGACCAGGGGAGCUCGGGCACCAGCAGGCCCAGCAGCAGCUGUUAGACCCUUGCUCCCUCCCCAGCACUCUGGAGACCCUGUACCCACCGGCUCCUCUCUGGGGCCACCCUGAUGCCACGGGCCUGGGGAACAAGGACUACUUGGAGACCACGUUUGUGGACAUCUACCCCGAGUCACCGCUGGAGAGGAAACUGUUUGCAGAGAGCCAACCGGACCUUCACUCUGUCUUCUACAGCCUAGAGGACGAAGACGAUCUGCUGCCCGACUACGAGGACUCGUCCAGCGAUGAAGACUUCAGUGAUACGGACAGUGACAGUAACUUCCCCCUGAUGAUUCCUCAGGAUUACCUGGGUCUUGCCUUCUUCUCGAUGCUCUGCUGUUUCUGGCCUCUAGGCAUCGCUGCAUUCUACCUGUCUCAAAAGACCAACAAGGCGUCGGCUCAGGGGGACUUCCAGGGAGCGAGUGCAGCGUCCCGCCAAGCCCUGUGGCUCUCUGUCCUCUCCAUGGUGUUUGGGAUCAUUACGUACAUCUGUGCUAUCGCUGCUCUCAUCUCCUAUCUGUCUGGGAACCCACCGUAAUCCCUGGCUGGAGACACACACACAGUAUACACACACACACACACACACACACAUAGUAUACAUACACACAAAUAGUAUACACACACACACAAAUAGUAUACACACACACACACACACACACACAAAUAGUAUACACACACACACACAAAUAGUAUACACACACACACACACACACAUAUAGCAUACACACACACAAAUAGUAUACACACACGCACACACAUAGUAUACACACACACACACAAAUAGUAUACACACACACACACAUAGUAUACACACACACACAAAUAGUAUACACACACACAUAGUAUACACACACACAAAUAGUAUACACACACACAAAUAGUAUACACACACACAUACACAAAUAGUAUACAUACACAACUAGUAUACACACACACAGUAUAUACAUAAUUACAAACACCCACACCCACACCCACAGUAUAUACAUACUUUUAUACAAGGUUGGGUCUAAUCCUGAAUGCUGAUUGGUUAAAACCCCAUUCCAGCCGGUGUUUAUUCCACACGUUACCGCCGGCUAAAUCUAUGACAUUAAAAUGCCUAUUUCCUCUGUUCCAUCUGACUGCGCAAUCCACCGUUUCAUCAGCCCAGCCAGGAAAUGUAUAAACUUGAUCUCAUCUAUAAAAAGUAUUUCAGACAUUAUUUCACAUUUCUUUUAGACUAAUACAUACAGUUGAAGUUGGAAGUUUACAGCCAAAUACAUUUAAACAAAUUUAUUUCAAAAUUCCUGAUAUUUAAUCCUAGUAAAAAAUUCCUUGUCUUAGUUAGGAUCACCACUUUAUUUUAAGAAUGUGAAAUGUCAGAAUAGUAGUAGAGAGAAUGAUUUAUUUCAGCUUUUAUUUCUUUCAUCACAUUCCCAGUGGGUCAGAAGCUUACAUACACUCAAUUAGUAUUUCGUAGCAUUCCCUUUAAAUUGUUUAACUUGAGUCAAACUUUUCAGGUAGCCUUCCACAAGCUUCCCACAAUAAGUUGGGGGAAUUUUGGCCCAUUCCUCCUGACUGAGCUGGUGUAACUAAGUCAGGUUUGUAGGCCUCCUUGCUCGCACACACUUUUUCAGUUCUGCCCACAAAUGUUCUAUAGGAUUGAGGUCAGGGCUUUGUGAUGGCCACUCCAAUACCUUGACUUUAUUGUCCUUAAGCCAUAUCGUCACAACUUUGGAAGUGUGCUUGAGGUCAUUGUCCAUUUGGAAGACCCAUUUUGCGACCAAGCUUUAACUUCCUGACUGAUGUCUUGAGAUGUUGCUUCAAUAUAUCCACCAAAUUUUCCGGCCUCAUGAUGCCAUCUAUUUUGUGAAAUGCACCAGUCCCUCCUGCAGCAAAGCACCCCCACAACAUGAUGCUGCCACCCCCGUGCUUCACGGUUGGGAUGAUGUUCUUCGGCUUGCAAGCCUCCCCCUUUUUCCUCCAAACAUAACAAUGGCCAUUAUGGCCAAACAGUUCUAUUUUUGUUUCAUCAGACCAGAGGACAUUUCUCCAAAAAGCAGGAACUUUGUCCCCAUGUGCAGUUGCAAACCGUAGUCUGGCUUUUUUAUGGCGGUUUUGGAGUAGUGGCUUCUUCCUUGCUGAGCGGCCUUUCAGGUUAUGUCAAUAUAGGACUCGUUUUACUGUGGAUAUAGAUACUUUUGUACCUGUUUCCUCCAGCACAAGGUCCUUUGCUGUUGUUCUGGGAUUGAUUUGCACAUUUGUGGCCUGCUGGAGGUCAUUUUGCAGGGCUCUGGCAGUGCUGCUCCUUGCACAAAAGCGGAGGUAGCGGUCCUGCUGCUGGGUUGUUGCCCUCCUACGGCCUCCUCCACGUCUCCUGAUGUACUGGCCUGUCUCCUGGUAGCGCCUCCAUGCUCUGGACACUACGCUGACAGACACAGCAAACCUUUUUGCCACAGCUCGCAUUGAUGUGCCAUCCUGGAUGAGCUGCACUACCUGAGCCACUUGUGUGGGUUGUAGACUCCGUCUCAUGCUACCACUAGGGUGAGAGCACCGCCAGCAUUCAAAAGUGACCAAAACAUCAGCCAGGAAGCAUAGGAACUGAGAAGUGGUCUGUGGUCACCACCUGCAGAAUCACUCCUUUUUUGGGGGUGUCUUGCUAAUUGCCUAUAAUUUCCACCUUUUGUCUAUUCCAUUUGCACAACAGCAUGUGCAAUUUAUUGUCAAUCAGUGUUGCUUCCUAAGUGGACAGUUUGAUUUCACAGAAGUGUGAUUGACUUGGAGUUACAUUGUGUUGUUUAAGUGUUCCCUUUAUUUUUUUGAGCAGUGUAUAUACAGUACCAGUCAAAAUGUUGGACACACCUACUCAUUCGAGGGU